GUAUGUAUGUGUGUGUAUAUAACUCUAUGUAGUUGCACAUAUGAUUUUAUCUAAUAUAUACAGAUGCUACCGGUCUGGAGUUUUAUAGCAUUGCAUUUUAUCGGGUGUUGUAAUCGCUUGUAUUUCUGCCUAAUAACUAAUAACUGUAUACGAUUAUUUGUUACUUUGUGUGUGUAGGAAGAAAAUAACGUUGAUAUUUCUCGCCGGCGCUAAUUAUUGUGAAUCUACGUCUAAUUAAUAUCGGAUAAUUUGAUUAGUUCAAUCUUCUUUGUCUAUUAUAGAGUUAUUGAGAUAAUCAAUAUUGGAUCAUCGGCUUUUUAAUUGCAAUGUUCACACAGUGGUUUAGGAUAUUUAAGAUAGGUUACGCCAGUAUGAUUCAGAAAGGACCACGUCCCUUAGUGUUAUGUGGUCCUUCGGGUUCUGGAAAGAGUACUUUUAUAAAACGACUGUUUGACGAGUUUCCUGACACCUUCAAGUUUUCGGUAUCCCAUACAACUAGGAUGCCCAGGCCUGGCGAAGAAGAUGGAACACACUAUCACUUUACAAAUAAGAAGAAAAUGGAAGAACAAAUAAAAAAUGGCGAGUUUAUCGAAAGCGCUAUAUUUAGCGAGAAUUUAUAUGGCACUAGCAAGCAGGCAGUUGAAGAAGUGCAGCGUUUGGGAAAGAUAUGUGUAUUGGACAUUGACAUACAAGGUGUAAAACAGAUAAAAUGCACCAGCUAUCCACUUUAUGUUUUUAUAAAACCACCAUGCAUUCUGGAAUUAGAGCGACGGUUGAAAGCUAGAAAUACAGAAACUGAAGAGUCAUUGCAACGCAGACUGGCAGUUGCCAAAACGGAACUUGAAUACGGUGAAACACCAGGUAACUUCGAUAUUAUCAUAGAAAAUGAUAAUUUGGAUACAGCAUACGAGAUUUUACACAAUUUUAUACUGAUCAAUUUUAAUCUUCAAUGCAAAACAGAUAAAUAAAAUGUUUUGUUCAUGUU